AUGGCCCCUGCUUCACCCGGCACUGCUCGAGUGCUCGUCGAAUGCCAGCCGCACCGCAAGAUCCUGGCGUAUGCCGCCGCCGCGACAGUGAACUGCUUGCACCCAGCGCACGCUGGCCGCGCGAUGGAGCUCGUCGCGUCGCGUCAAGUCGUGAUUCUGCUACUGCAACGGUGCUUGUCCUUUCAAAGCGCCGACGAGUCGGACCCGGCGUUCGAGUGGAUCUCCAUCUUGUUUCGCGUGCUCAUUGCGCGCCACCACACGCCCGACUUGUACCGCAACCUCAACGCGUCGCUCGUUAGGUACACCUGGCAUCGCUAUGCAUGA